UCCCGUGUUCCACCAAAAGCGGAAGUUGACGCCAUAACCGUAAAAUAGCUUAGACGUUAAUUUUGUUUUCCAGGAAAGUGCCAUGUAUGCUUAGGCCAAACCACUUUGCAACUUAACUUUUUUUUGUUUGUUUGGAAGGAAAUGGCCAAAGAGAAACGACAUAAGAGACGGGACUCGCCCGAAGUCAAAGUAAAGGUAAAACAAGAAAAGCUGAGUCCUGCCAGGCCGCAUAAAACAACGCGCCGCUCGCAGAGUGACAACAGAAGCCCCCCACCCAGGAGGAGGGCCAGCAGGUCACCCGUCAGAACAAGGGACCGCUCGGCAGGCAGAAAAGAGACUUCCUCUCCAUCCCGGCGAGGCAGCAGAUCCCCUCGAAGGAGAAGUCCUCACCGCAGUGCUGAUGUCAAGUUAAAGCGGGAGCAUGAUGAGCACCGUUCAGGUGGAGACGAGCAGAGAAGAAGAAACGGACAGCCAGAGGAAAGACGAAGCAAGUGGGAAGCAGAUCGACCUCAGGACCGGGAGCGCAACGGUGACAGACGCCGGGAGAGGGAUGCCACCUCCUCGCAACAAGCCGAGCGCCAGCGGCAUGACGAGCAGCGCCGGGAGAACCGCCAGAGACGUGAGGAGAACCAGGAGAUGGACUUUGGGCAUCCCGAAAACACCGGUGACAGCCCCAGGAACGCCUCCGCUGAAAAGGAGAAGCCCAACUUUGGCCUGUCGGGGGCGCUCACAGAAGACACCAACACGUUCCGCGGAGUGGUGAUCAAGUACAACGAGCCACCCGAGGCACGCAUCCCCAAGCGAAGGUGGAGACUGUACCCGUUCAAGAAUGACGAGCAGCUUCCCGUCAUGUACAUUCACAGACAGAGUGCCUAUUUGUUGGGGAGACAACGGAAAAUUGCGGACAUUCCCAUUGAUCAUCCGUCCUGCUCCAAGCAACACGCCGUAUUCCAGUACAGAGUGGUGGAGUUUACUCGAGCAGACGGCACCACUGGGCGCCGGGUGAGGCCGUACAUCAUUGACCUGGCAUCGGGCAACGGCACAUACCUCAACAACCAGCGCAUCGAAGCGCAGCGUUACUACGAGCUCAAGGAGAAGGAUGUGCUCAAGUUUGGCUUCAGCAGCCGUGAGUAUGUACUGCUGCACGAGUUCUCUGACACUAGCGAGGUGGAUGCCAAGGAGGCGCCAGAAGAGGACGAUGAAGGCCUGGAUGAAUAAAAAAGGAUAUGUAUUGUACACAAUUUUAUAAUGUCUUUUUUUUCAAGACAGGACCAGGAACAUUUACCUGACUAAUGAUGCAGUCGAAUAUGAUGCUGUUGUGUAUAAAUAGAAAUAUACACCCUUUCUUUUUGAUUGUCAUCAGGGGCUCACAACAGUCAUGUAAAUUUAGAUUUUUGUACUGUAAAUAAAGACUUUCAAUUAUU